GCCUCCCGAACCCGGGCCGCAGAGGAGGGGCGGGGAGCGCGCGGGGCGGGAGGCGGGAGGCGGGCGCGCGGGCUCCCACUCCGGCCUCGGCGCCACUCGCCCGCCGCGCUCCGGGCGUCCCUUCUGCCUCCGACGCGCCGCGGAUACCCCAGCCUCCGGCGCCUGGUACGGGGAGCUCCCCGCGCCUGCUGGAGAAGAGGAGCGAGGCCGAGCCAGGGCGGCCCCGGGGCACGAUUCGUCGCGGAGACGCGGGGACCAGACCUGAGGAUGAGCGGCGGAGGGCGGCCCGGGCACUGACGCGAGUUGGGGCCACGGCUCCCGGCCGCCGGCGGUGCGAUGAGCCUGCCAGCGGAGACGCCCUAGCCGGGUGCACGCGCCGGGCGAAGCGCGCAGGUGGGGCUGCGCUCUCCGCGGUGCGCCCCGCGCCGGGCCCCCGCCGGCCGGAGGAUGGGCGCCGGCGCCCCGGGGCCGCGCCCGCCGCUGCUGCCCCAGCGCCCGCCGCGAGCCCCGCGUCCGGCCGGCGCCCUGUGCUCAUGGACGGCGGCUCCAGACUGGCGGCGGCGCGCCCCCGGGCUGUGAAUGCGACUCGCCCCUCGACCUCGCUCCCCGCCCGCCCGGCCGCCGGGACGCGGUAGGGGUUGCCCAGCUCCACUGCGAUGGCAGUUGGCGCGCUGUCCAGUUCCCUCCUGCUCACCUGCUGCCUGAUGGUGGCUCUGUGCAGCCCGAGCAUCCCGCUGGAGAAGCUGGCCCAGGCGCCCGAGCGGCCGGGCCAGGAGAAGCGCGAGCACGCGUCUCGGGACGGCCCGGGCCGGGUGAGCGAGCUCGGGCGCCCGGCGAGGGACGAGGGCGGCGGCGGCCGGGACUGGAAGGGCAAGGGCGGCCGCGGGCUGGCCGGCCGGGAGGCGUGGAGCAGGCAGAAACAGGCCUGGGCCGCCCAGGGCGGGGGCGCCGGGGCCGGGGCCCUGCAGGGGCGGCCCCGCGGGGACACCCCGCACGAAGAGCCCCCGGCCGCCGCCACCGCCCAGGACGCGGCGGGCCCAGACCCAGAGCCCACGCCCGAGCUGCCGGAGGAGUACGCGUACCCGGACUACCGGGGGAAGGGCUGCGUGGACGAGAGCGGCUUCGUGUACGCGAUCGGGGAGAAGUUCGCGCCGGGCCCCUCGGCCUGCCCAUGCCUGUGCACCGAGGAGGGGCCGCUGUGCGCGCAGCCCGAGUGCCCGCGGCUGCACCCACGCUGCAUCCACGUCGACACGAGCCAGUGCUGUCCGCAGUGCAAGGAGAGGAAGAAUUACUGCGAGUUCCGGGGCAAGACCUACCAGACCCUGGAGGAAUUCGUGGUGUCGCCGUGCGAGCGGUGUCGCUGCGAGGCCAGCGGGGAAGUGCUGUGCGCGGUGUCCGCGUGUCCACAGACCGAGUGCGUGGACCCCGUGUACGAGCCCGACCAGUGCUGCCCAAUCUGCAAAAACGGUUUUCUCUGGUGCUGGUGUACCUCAGAUGAGGCUUACGUUCACAGCACACAUUCCCUUCAAGCCGGAGAUCAGAAGACUUCCGUCCUGCUUGUGUGCACCUUACCUUACUUUAAACAUUCAAAGGAAGGAAACUGACGGAUGUAAGACAUUGAUGUUGACAUACGAGGACCUUGUUGGGAUUAGCGCUGAUUCUCCAACGUGGAAUAUUAUACCCAAGAGGGAAUAUGUACACCAAAAGCACAAAGGCACUGAGUAUAGAUUGUAUAUCUCCCUGAAGUAUUCAGUACUACUUGACGAUAGUUGUUUAGAACUUUAUUUCCACCAGAAAAUGAAUAUGGCUAUUUUUGGAGGAAAAUGAAAACUUUUAUGAAAUUUUUAAGAUAAAUAUGGAGACUUCAAAUUAUUAGAAGCACUUUCAUGGAAAACAUGUGAGAAGCGCUAAGAAUUGGACAUGGUUGUUUUUGUGUUUCUCUUGUGUAUUUCAGACAGUAAGAUAAGAUCAUAAUUAAACCACAUGUAGUGAGUUGGACAGAACUGAA